AAACGAUGAGCAGAAGUCUGCAGCGUUCGUUUCUUUUGCCCUUCGUAUAGUUAAAAUAGUUUCUUCAAAAUGCUGCCCCUGUCCCUCUUGAAGACGGCGCAGAGCCAUCCUAUGUUGGUGGAGUUGAAAAAUGGCGAAACAUAUAACGGACACCUGGUGAGCUGUGACACCUGGAUGAAUAUUAAUCUGCGGGAGGUCAUCUGCACCUCAAAGGAUGGUGAUAAGUUUUGGCGUAUGCCCGAGUGCUACAUCCGUGGCAGCACGAUCAAGUAUCUGCGCAUACCGGACGAAGUGAUCGACAUGGUGAAGGAGGAUGUGCAGGCUAAAUCGCGUAGCCGCGCCGAGAUGAACAAGGGCGGACGGAACCAAAACCAAGGCCGUGGUGGCGGUGGGGGAGGAGGCGGUGGCGGCGGCGGUGGGGGAGCUGGUGGGCGAAACAAUAUGAACUCCAACAACCGCAACACCUUCGGCGGCAAUCGGGGCGGCAACCGUGCCGGAUUGGGGAACCCGAAUCGAAACGUUCAAAAUAAGAAAUAA